AUAAAUGUCUUCCCAGCACAUAGUGAGGUCUUUGGGCAGUGGUCUACUGCCUGCACUGGUGAAUGAAGUGCUGAGAAAGGACCGGAGUCCUGCCAACUGUCAGGCUAUCCUCAAUAAACUUGUACAGAUAUGCAGUGUGAAAGAACUCCUUGAUAUUUUACUUCAACAAGUGGAAGACACUGAUCCAAAUGCCAUUGCAGACACCAUCACUGUCCUUAUGCCUCUUAUUCAGUCAGUGCUGUUGAGAAUGAGUGAGUCGAAGGCCCAUGGACUGGCUUUGGCCCUUGAUUCUCUGCAGAAACAGAUUUCAAAGCUGCCUGUACCUUACUCACACAAACAGGAACAGGAAGAUGUGUAUGGGCUCUGCCGAUGCUGCACUGCAGUACUGACCUUUGUACAACCCUUUGUGCAGGAAGUCAAGAAUCAAGACACAAACUCAGUGGCCACCAAACUAAGAGCUGCUCUUCUAAAGUUGUAUGUUUUAAACCUGUUCUUACUAAUGCAGUCAAUGAGGCAUUGA